AUGGCGCCGUCCAGAGACAGCAACGUGAAGAGAGGCGAUACUGGAGAAAACAGCCAGGUUUCAUUUAAGAAAGUCUUAAAUACUCAAACGGAUCGUAUUCUUCAGAACAGGAAACAUGCGAACGACAUAUUCGACGUCCUUGAAUAUUUGCAGUCCGAAAAGGAAAAGGAAAUAAUUGGCGCCACCAAUGCCUGCGGCAAGAUAUUCUGUGAGCUGUUAGACAGAGGAGACCUGUAUGUUGGUCAGUUGCCUAAAGAGGAGGACCUCAUGCAUGGCGAUCGCAGUGCAGAGGAGAAGUAUCAUAUAUUUAUGAGACACCGUUACAACAACUGUGUGGGACUUCUGAUGGAAAAUAUAGGCAAUGAAGCUUUUCAAGUAAAGGAGAGUUCCCUCUGUGCAAUAAUGAAGUUUGCUGAAGCUGAAGGCAAACAUCCUCUCCAAAAUCUGGACUGGAGUGAACACUACAACUUUCCAAGAGAGCUCAUACUGGCACUAGUGGGGCAUCUUCUCUCAGAGAAAGAGGACAUGUCUCUGCUCAUCUCCAGGUUUCAGGAAUUCCUGGAGAUGGAUGAUGUGCGCUACUAUGUCAUGAGUUCAGUACGGGACAAUAUAACCAGAGUCAUGGACCGAAACAAAGGGGCUGUGAUUCCUGUUUAUCAGAAUAAUGUUUUUACCCUCCUCUCAACCAUCAACAUACCCAGCCAAUCAUCAGAAAUGACUAACUUCCUUGUCAAACAGGAGACUAAACAUGAAGACUGGAAAGCAGCUAGAUUAAAGGAUCAUAAACGUGCAUUUGAGCAAAUGUGGCUGGUGUUUCUUAAGUACAAGUUACCUGGCAGCAUGUACAAAAAGAUCCUGGUCAUACUUCAUGAAUCCAUUCUGCCACAGAUGAGUGAUCCGACACUUAUGAUUGACUUCCUGACUGCUGCUUAUGACAUUGGUGGGGCAAUCAGUUUGCUAGCUCUAAAUGGCUUGUUUGUCCUCAUACACGAGCACAAUUUAGAUUAUCCAGAUUUUUAUAAAAAGCUCUACAACCUACUGGAUCCCUCUAUCUUCCAUGUCAAAUAUAAAGCCCGGUUUUUCCACCUGGCCAACAUCUUCCUCUCUUCAACACAUCUACCCGUCUAUCUUGUGGCAGCAUUUGUGAAGCGUCUCUCCCGUAUGGCUCUCACAGCGCCCCCCACAGCUCUGCUUGUGCUACUGCCUUUCAUCUGUAAUCUGAUUCGCCGACAUCCCUCCUGCAGACUCCUCAUCCACAGACCCAGCGCUGCCGAAGAACCUUGUGAUGAUCCAUACAUAAUGGAGGAGGAAGAUCCAGCUCAGUGUCAUGCUCUGGAGAGCAGCCUAUGGGAGAUUCAGACAUUGCAGAAGCAUUACCAUCCAGAUGUGGCCAAGGCUGCCAUGGUGAUCAACGAGCCACUUCCAGAAGCAGAGGAUGAUAUCAGUGAUCUGCUAGAGCUGUCCACGUUUGAGCUAAUGGAGCGAGAACUGAAGGCAGUGAAGAAGACGAUGCCACUGGAGUUUGAUACGGCCACAGAGCUCCUGAAGAGUUCUAGAGAGGUGCUCGGUGUGCACUUUUCUCUUGAGUAACUACUUGGCUGAUUGUCACUCCUUCUAUAUAUUUAAUUCCAUGUUGUUUUCAAACCUUAUAAACUGCAAUGGCAAUGAUUUUGCCUGAUUGAAGAAAUAAAAAUUAUUUCCAACUAUG